AUGGAGUUAUUCAACUCAGCUCUUGGCAAAAACAUCACCUUUGUGCGUCCUGCAUUUUUCAUAAUAAGUGGAUUUAUUGGCGUACCUAAUGUCAAGUUCUACUAUGUGUUUCUCUUUUUUGUUUAUAUUGUUUCAGUGGUGGGAAACACAGCUGUAAUGGUCGUGAUAUACUUGGAUCAUAAUCUGAGAACUCCAAAAUAUGUUGCAGUUUUUAACCUAGCAUUUGUGGACCUGUUAGGUAACUCUGCUCUGGUGCCGAAGGUUCUUGACAUCUUCCUGUUUAACCACCAUAACAUCUCCUACAAUGACUGCUUGACAUUCCUUUUUUUCUGCUACACCUGUCUUUCAAUGCAGUCAUUUAAUCUGGUUGCACUCUCCUAUGACAGACUAAUAGCUAUCAUCUUUCCACUGCACUAUCAAGUGAAAGUGACUCACAGAUUCAUGUUGUCAUUGAUUGCCUCUUUCUGGGUCUUGACCAUAAUUGCUGUACUCAUUACAGUUGGCCUUCUUUCAAGACUUUCGUUUUGUGAAUCUGUUGUUAUUAACAGCUAUUUCUGUGACCAUGGCCAGAUUUACAGGCUUGCGUGCAACAACAGUUUCCCCAAUUAUGUCAUUAGUUUUUUGUUUCCAGUCCUUAUUUUCUGGCUACCACUUGUUUUUAUCUUGUUAAGUUACCUAUAUAUUGGCUGUACUUUGGCUAAAGUGGCCACAGUUCAACAAGGACUCAAGGCCUUUAAAACCUGUGUAGGUCAUCUUUCACUAGUGGCAAUCUAUUUCAUCCCACUGUUAAUCACCUUUACCUUGAUGGAAAAAAUACAUCCAAAUGCCAGGAUCAUAAACCUGUCUCUCACCUCUGUCUUUCCUCCCAUGUUGAACCCAAUCAUUUAUGUUCUGCAGACACAAGAAAUCAGAGAAUCUUUGAAAAGGUUGUUAAAAAUCAGAGGGAAAUCCAAAAUAUCAAUGAAAAAAAUAAGCAUAAUGUGA